AUGUCGACCAUCUCGUCUCCUCGUCCCUCCAUCGCUUCAUCUCGCGCCCAUUCGCCUACUCCCACCUCCUCGCGCCGGCCGUCUACCGACAAUCUCAACGUCAACGUCAGCGGUCUAGGUAUCAGCUCCGCGCCGGGUUCUACACGCGCUACGUCCCCUGCUCAUCGUCGCAACCGUGCCGCUCUCCGUGAUUACUAUAACCUCAAACCGGCGGGUGCAGACUCGUCCAGCGGCGAGGCAGGAGCUCUGCGAUCCGGAAGUGUUCCGCGGACCACCGGUGCAGGCGAUAUAUCCAGCCCGUCCACAGCCACGGUCAAUCCCGAGCUAGACAAUCCAGACUUCGAUGCCCAACGCUAUGUUGACCAGCUUCUUGCCACGUCCUCACUUGCGACAGUACUGAAAGCAGAGAAUACUCUUGUGGGCGAUAUUCGAACACUCGAUGGAGAGCGCAAGGCUCUCGUCUACGACAACUACUCCAAACUGAUUCGGGCUGUGGAGACGAUUGGAACGAUGCGCAAGAGCAUGGAGGAACGAGGAGCUCCCCUUACGAUGACCAAGACGCUAGGCCCUGCCGUCAGUUUUGUAGCAGAGACUGCUGGCGCUCUUAUCCGGGAGGGAGAGGAGCACAGGCGGCGGGUGAAAGAGGCUCAAGGCGCUGGAGCAGACGGGAAAACUGCGGAGAGGGAGACGGUGAAGUGGGUUCUUGGAACUCCUGACAGGCUGAGGAGGUUUCUGAGCGAGAAUAAGAGGGAGGAGGCUGAGAAAGACUGGGCGGAGAUUGAGAAACUUUUGAAUAAAUGGGAGGGCGUUAAAGGGGUUGCGGAGCUGAGAGCAGCCUGCGAGGAGAUCAUGAAACAGGACGAAGGGGUAUGA